AUGGCCGAAACAAGUGCAAUGAACUCCAGCAGUAGAGUAAACGAUGAAGAGGUUUUAAAAAAUAGGGAUCAAAUCAAAGAGGAGAUAGAUAUAACCGUGAAGCGCGAACCUAUAGAGUGUUUGGUGUGUGUUGACCGCAGCCCAGAUGUGUAUGAAAUCCACAGCACAAAAACAGUAUCGUCAGGUUUGUCGCUUCACAACUUCCUCAGCAAAGUUUCCCAUGUGAACUUAAGAAACUGCGAAAACUAUUCCAAAUUUGUAUGUAAGACUUGUUAUGACCUCGUUAACGAGCUUGAACGUGCUGAAAUAGAAUAUUUCAAGCUAAAAGAAGCUUUCGAAAGUAUUAUAAGUAAAAACCCCUUGUUCGACUCUCGGACGUCGUCUUCCAACCCCAAUGCUAUUAAGGAUGAGGUAUUUGAGACUGUGUAUAAUGAGUUUUGCAAAAGUGAUAAUAAUGACUCGGAAGAUGAGCCAUUGGCCCUUACCAAAAACAAACGCCUUCGUAAGGUUGAUAAACGAAGAAAGAGGUCAACUGUUGAUAGUAAACGGAGGCAACGGCACAAGAGUGAAAAUAAUAGUUGGGAAUGUGCAACAUGUGGUCUGACUGAAGAUAGUGGUGGUCCUGAUGCGCUGGAGGCACAUAUGCUUUCUGUUCACAAUUGCAACAAAGACAAUAUCGAGAUUAAGGAUGUAAAAAAAGAAGAUACAAUUGAUGAAUUCCAGGGUUCAGUUGACUCAUUGGAUGCUGAUUUUACAAUCAAAAGUGAUUUUGAUGAUGAUGACAGCCCAAAUUUUGAGCCUGAAAGACUCAGUAAUGGUAGUAGAGCGAAAAAAUUGGAAUCGCAUAGAAAAAGUUCAAUUCCAAAAAGAAAAAAAAAGCGAGAGGACAAAGUUUUGCAUCAGUGUGAUCAAUGCGAUGCAAAAUACACAUCCCUAUUGCGCCUGGAGCAGCACAAGCAGAGGCACGACGACUCGAAGCCGCCCUACAUCUGCGAGGUCUGCGGCGCCCAUUACAAGCACAAGCGCGCCUGCGACAUACACGUGGCGCUGCACAAGGGUAUAAGCGACUGGAAAUGUGAAGAGUGCAAUAAACUGUUCCCAUCUAAAGGGGCCUUACAGAGACACAACAAUAUUCAUACGGGUAAACUUAAUUAUCAGUGCGACCUGUGCGGCAAGUCGUUCAUCCACACGUCGUCGUUCCAAGAUGCACAAGCUCGCCACAAGCGCAUCCACAGCGGCGAGAAGCGCCACGAGUGCGCCGUGUGCGGCAAGCGCUUCUCCGAGCGCUACAACCUGGUGGCGCACGCCAAGGCGCACGAGGCGGCGGAGGGGGCGGGGGCGGGGGCGGGGGCAGUGGCGCCCCGCCGCCGCCUCUUCCGCUGCGCCUUCUGCCACGAGCGCUUCGACCGCAAGUUCCUGCUGGAGCGGCACUGCACGGCGGCGCACGGCCGCGCGCUCGAGCGGCCGCCGCCCACGCCGCGCAACACCAUGAGCAAGCUGCUCAAGGCGCAGGCGGCGGCGCGCAAGCACGAGCCCGACGCGCCCGCGCCCGCCCACGCCCACGCGCCCGCCCACGCCCACGCCCACGCCCACGCCCACGCCAAGCGCGAGCCCAGCCCCGACGCCGCGCACCGCCUCAUCGCGCACCUCGCGUCGGGCGGCGCCACGCCCGCCUGGGGCGGCCACUUCGCGACGCGCUCCUUCCAC